ACUCAAAUUUUUUAAAUUUAUUUUUAUCCGCGCCAUGUAUCCUCUGGUCGCUACAGUGGCGCCAUCUUUACCUCAUAUUGUUUCGUUGUGCCGAAACUUCUCAACGUUUUUCGUAUUUCGUCACAUAAAAAAGUUAAUUUUGUUCAACAAACAGUGGUAUAAUGUCCAGUCGAGAUAGGAAACGGCGUUCCAGAUCCAGAUCGAGAGAUGAACGCAGUCACAAGAGGAUGAGAUCAUCGGAAAAAUUCAGAGUGCUACAAAAUCAGUUAGAUAACCUCACUCAGGUCGUCAACAAAUUAGUUGAGGUUCAAGCAAAACCUGCUGUAAAAGAUCUCACUAAUUUGAAUGAGAUAAUUGAAAUUGACGACAAAGAAAAUAAUUCUUCUGUCAUCAAUGACGACACAAACCCUUCUCAGGCACGGGAACAGGUGGUUAAUUCAGAGGAUCCAACCCACAUAACGGUGUCUUCGUCCAGGGAGGCAGUCCUGAAAGCCUUGGGGGUGGAUGUGCCAUUUUCUAAAUUGAAAGAGGUGACGUACAAUUCAGAGCUGAUGAAGACAUGGUCAAAAUGGACUAAAGAAGGUCUUCCGGCUAAAAAUAAAAAAGAUAUCGUCGACUUGUAUAACCGCAAAGGCGAAUUAUACGUGGAAGCCCCCAAGGUCAACUUAGAAAUUUUGCCACUCCUCUCAGAUAUGGCGAAGAAGAGAGACUCACACUUCGUGGAUACCCAGAAUUGUGUUGGGACAGCUCUGGCUGCUCUGGGAGCGGCAGUGUCCUUGAUGGUUGAUCCUCCAGAAGAAGGUCUGGAUGAAGACGUCUUUACUGACUAUUUGAGUCAUACGGGACAGAUGCUCGCGGAUAUUUUUUAUCAACAGACUGUGGCACGUAAGUCUUUCAUUACCCCUCUCUUCAACAAGACCAUGAAGCCCACGGUGGAUACGAUGCUAACAGAUGAAUGGCUAUAUGGAGAAAACUUGAAAGAAAAAGUUAAAACGGCCAAGGAAAUUGAACGAGCAUCCUCUGACAUCAAGGAUAAACCCCCACAGAAGAACGCUCCUAGAACACGACUCCAGGGAAACUCGAAGAACCCACCUGCGAAUGCUCGUCAGGUGGGUUAUCAUCAACAGAGACAUCGACUCCUUCAGUUCAGGAAGACGUCAUACAAGAGUGCCUCCACGAAUCGUCCCAAAACGAAUCCUCAGACGAGCCAAUCGUCAUCAAAGAAAUAGCUAAGGAACGAGAUCCAUCCCCUGUCAUCCCACCUUUCAUUGGUGGCAGGGAAAUUAUCCGGUCAGCCUACUCAAGGAAGGGAAUCGACGAGAGUUCAGUAGAAAAAAUGAUCAAUUCUAUUGCUGCAUCAACACUCCGACAAU